AGCCUCGGGAAUAGCUUAUAGCGACACUUUCGGAGCGCACGCUACGAAUCACGAGCAGAACGAGAAUUGGUGUCCGGAAAUUGAAGCAAGGCUUGAGAACCUUUUCGUGUCGACAUUGGGGCCUGGAGCAGGGCUAUCCUCUCUCUUCGCAAUGGACUCAUCCCUCCCCACCGAGGUCGCCAGCACCAUCCAAGCCAGCCAUAUCAGAAGGCAUCCCGAUCCUCGACAGGACAUUGCGCCGUCCACUGCGGCCGACAAGUCAGAGCUGGUAGACAUUCAUGAGGUGAAGCGCAGUCAUCUCGACGACGAUGACCACGAUAUCCCAUACAGCGUCCUGCGACCUCCGAAGAAGCAUUACAACCUCCCGCCGCUCCCAGACUUGCGAUUCGAGCAGAGCUAUCUCCGCAGCAUCGAGUCGGCAGAUACGUGGUGGAAAGUAGUGCUCACCACAAUCAAAAGCCAGGUAUUAAUACCCCUAGCUCAAGGCGUCUUGCUCAACCUGGCCAUGGCCGGAUGGCAGCAUUGGAACAAGAGCGCCAGGGUGAGUGGCGACUCAGUAGGUGCCCGAUUCAGGAGAUGGUGGUUUGGAGUAAACAACUGGAGCCUGCCCAAUUCCAGGAAACGCAUCUAAAGCAAAACAACAGCAAAUACCCGUCCUACAAGAGUGUAUAUUAUUAUCUUAUCAGUUACAUGAAGGUCGUCACCCUAUUCCUUUUUAUCUAGUAUAGAUAAAAUCACACAAAACCCUUUGGCCUCUAGACCCAUUUCAUCGCACCCGAGAAUCCUUUUGUUUACGCUUCAUAGGUCAGAUCGCAGGCCCUCGCUGCAGGGGAUUUUUUUCCGUCUGUUGUCAUGUCCCCCAUUCUAAAACCCAUAGAUUCAACCGAUUGUACACUAAUAAAUUUCUUGGAUCAUCCGUCGCUUAAUAGACCGUAACUCCGUCGAGAAACAUUAACAGCCAUUCAAGGCAAGCUGGCAUCUCUUAUUCCUGGCUGCCGACGUUGACACUUCCGGACACCAG